AUGGCAGCACGAUUAACCCCCGAAUUGCAGGGCAAGCUCGACGAGCUCGAGAAGGAGUUGGAGUUCAUGGGCCCCGGCUCGUUUGGUGCUCCCGCCGUCAACGAGACCAGAGGCGGCCUGGGCAUACACUCUCCGGACAAUACUGGACAUCCUUCGAGCGAUGGCCACCGCGCAGCCGCUCUCGCCGCCCUGGGCGGUAGAGACUCCGAUCCCAGUAGCCCGACAUCACCGACAUCACACCGCCCACAGUCGCCUUUUGGCGCCCAGGGCUCCGGACACGGUUCUGGCCAUGGUUCUGGCCACGGCUCUGCCGGCUACGCAUCACCCGGAUACCAGUCCCCGGGCGCUGGCUACGUUUCCCCCGAGAUGAACCCCGCCGGCCUCCUUCGACCUGGUGGUCCUCUCGCCGAACACCGGCCGAACAUGAAGCAGCACGACUCGCUUUUUCUGGGCGCUGCUAACGAGCCGCCGACACGAUCGGGCACCAUGGUGUCGACUGACUACGCCUUCAACCCCGACCAGCAGGGACACUACGUAGACCAUGCCCAGAACCCGUACGACAGCCGUACGGGCACGAUGCUCGACACGACGGGAUACUUUUCGGGAUUCACCGGCGGGCAGAACUUCGAACAGGGACAGAACUACGACCAGCAGGGCUACGACCAAGGACAGCAGGAGGAAUAUGGCGGAGGACACAGAUACUCGUCGGGAGAGGCCUUCUCGCCCACGGCUGCCAUGGCGCCACCUAUGCUCACUGCCAACGACCUGCCCCCGCCGGAAGUGCUCGAAUACCAGAUGCCUCUAGAACCCCGCGACCUCCCAUUUGCGAUAUCCGACCCGCACGACAGCAACACCCCCAUGUCCAAAUUUGACAACAUUGCCGCGGUUUUGAGGCAUAGGGGAAGGACAAUGGCCAAGCUUCCCGCGUACUGGGUUCUCGACAACAAAGGCAAGGAAAUCGCCUCCAUUACGUGGGACAAGCUGGCCUCGAGAGCCGAGAAGGUGGCGCAGGUUAUCAGGGACAAGAGCUCGUUGUAUCGCGGCGAUCGCGUUGCCCUCAUUUACCGCGACACGGAAGUCAUCGACUUUGCUAUUGCCCUUCUCGGAUGCUUCAUUGCCGGCGUCGUCGCAGUGCCGAUCAACGAUCUCCAGGACUACCAGAAGCUGAACUUGAUCCUCACCUCGACGCAGGCGCAUUUGGCGCUUACGACCGACAACAACCUCAAGGCCUUCCAGCGCGAUAUAACAACGCAGAAGCUCAACUGGCCCAAGGGUGUUGAAUGGUGGAAGACGAAUGAGUUCGGCAGUUUUCACCCCAAACGCAAGGACGAUGUCCCGCCAUUGACGGUUCCCGACCUCGCCUACAUUGAGUUCUCGAGGGCUCCAACCGGUGACUUGCGAGGUGUUGUACUGAGUCACAGAACAGUUAUGCAUCAGAUGGCUUGCUUGAGUGCCAUUGUUUCGACAGUGCCAGGAAACGGCCCUGGUGACACCUUUAGCCGCACCCUGCGGGACAAGAACGGUCGUCUUAUUGGUGCCGGAUCAACGAGCGAGACGCUUCUCUCAUAUCUUGACCCGCGGCAGGGCAUCGGCAUGAUUUUGGGCGUUCUUCUCACCGUCUACGGAGGCCACACGACGGUUUGGGUCGAGAACAAGGCCGUCGAAGUACCCGGACUCUACGCCCAUCUCAUCACCAAGUACAAGGCCACGCUCAUGAUUGCGGACUACCCCGGGUUGAAACGGGCAGCCUACAACUACCAAUCAGACCCCAUGACGACACGAAAUUUCAAAAAGGGCAUGGAGCCCAACUUCCAGACAGUCAAACUCUGCCUCAUAGAUACCCUGACGGUGGAUGGCGAAUUCCACGAGGUCCUAGCGGACAGAUGGCUGAGACCACUACGAAACCCUCGCGCCCGCGAGGUUGUCGCACCCAUGCUUUGUUUGCCGGAACACGGUGGAAUGGUCAUCAGUAUUCGCGAUUGGCUAGGAGGUGAGGAGCGGAUGGGAUGCCCUUUGAAGCUUGACAUGGGCUCCGAUUUUGAGUCCGACGUGGAAGAGAAGGAAGAGGUGAAACUAGCACCCUCGAACGGCUUCGGCAGUCUCUUGGGAGGCGGUGGCACAACAACCACAGAGCAGCGCGCUAAGAACGAGCUCAGUGAGGUGCUCCUUGACAGAGAGGCUCUGAAGACAAACGAAGUUGUCGUGGUUGCGAUCGGAGACGAGGCGCGGAAACGUGCAGCUAGCGAACAAGGCACCGUCCGCGUUGGCGCCUUUGGAUAUCCGAUCCCCGAUGCUACCCUCGCCGUUGUCGACCCAGAGACCGGCCUGUUGGCGUCGCCGCACUCGGUCGGAGAGAUUUGGGUGGACUCGCCCUCGCUCUCUGGGGGGUUCUGGGCCUUGCCCAAACACACGGAGCAGAUAUUCCACGCUCGCCCUUACAAAUUCGACCCUGGCGAGCCAACACCGACAGUUGUCGAACCUGAGUUUUUGAGAACUGGCUUGCUCGGCACGGUGAUUGAGGGCAAGAUCUUCGUGCUGGGCUUGUACGAGGAUCGCAUUCGCCAAAAGGUAGAAUGGGUUGAACACGGCACCGAGGUCGCAGAGCAUCGCUACUUCUUCGUUCAGCAUCUCGUUGUCAGCAUUGUCAAGAAUGUACCAAAAAUCUACGACUGCUCUGCCUUCGACGUCUUCGUCAAUGAGGAGCAUCUUCCCAUUGUGGUAUUGGAAUCGCCAGCUGCCUCGACAGCGCCUCUAACGUCUGGUGGACCGCCGAGACAACUCGAUACCGCGCUUCUCGACUCGCUCGCCGAAAGAUGUAUGGACGUUUUGAUGCAGGAGCACCACUUGAGACUCUACUGCGUCAUGAUCACGGCACCGAACUCCCUUCCUAGGGUGGUGAAGAACGGACGUAGGGAUAUCGGAAAUAUGCUGUGCAGGAGAGAGUUCGACCUGGGUAAUCUGCCUUGCGUCCAUGUCAAGUUUGGUGUGGAGCAUGCAGUGCUCAAUUUGCCCAUCGGCGUCGACCCGAUCGGAGGCAUUUGGUCACCCAUCUCUUCCGAGUCCCGCGCGGGAAUUCUCAUGUCGUCUGACAAGCAAUACUCGGGUAUCGACCGAAGAGAAGUUGUCAUUGACGAUCGCACUUCCACUCCACUCAACAACUUCUCAUGCAUCACUGAUCUCAUCCAAUGGCGCGUAGCCCGACAGCCCGAGGAAUUGGCCUACUGCACAAUUGAUGGCCGUGGCAGAGAAGGCAAGGGCGUUACUUGGAAGAAGUUCGACACCAAGGUCGCCGCCGUGGCGCUGUAUUUGAAGAACAAGGUCAAGGUCCGCCCCGGCGACCACCUGAUUCUGAUGUACACACACUCGGAAGAGUUUGUCUACGCCGUCCAUGCAUGCAUCAACUUGGGCGCGGUCGUCAUCCCGCUGGCCCCUCUGGACCAAAACCGACUCAACGAAGACGUGCCGGCAUUCUUGCACGUCGUCGCCGACUUCCGCGUCAAGGCUAUUCUGGUCAACCACGAAGUUGACCACUUGGUCAAACUGAAGCUUGUAUCAAACCACGUAAAACAGGCCGCUUCCAUCCUCAAGAUAGGCGUUCCCAAUUACUACAACACCACCAAACCGCCUAAGCAGAGCAGUGGGUUGCGAGAUAACGGUAUCACGAUGCAACCCGCGUGGAUUCAGUCAGGCUAUCCUGUAAUCAUUUGGACGUACUGGACACCCGACCAGCGCCGUAUUGCGGUUCAGCUAGGACACGACACCAUCUUGGGCAUGUGCAAGGUCCAGAAGGAAACAUGUCAGAUGACGAGCUCUCGCCCUGUCCUCGGUUGCGUGCGUAGUAGUACCGGUCUGGGAUUCAUCCACUCAUGCCUGAUGGGCAUCUAUAUCGGCACCCCGACUUACCUACUGUCACCUGUCGAGUUUGCGCAGAAUCCCAUGUCGCUGUUCGUGACUCUUUCUAGGUACAAGAUCAAGGACACCUACGCGACGCCCCAGAUGCUGGAUCACGCCAUGGCGAUGAUGCAAGGCAAGGGUUUCACGCUCCACGAGCUGAAGAACAUGAUGAUCUCGGCCGAGAGCAGGCCGCGGGUCGACGUGUUCCAAAAGGUACGCCUGCACUUCGCCGCUACUGGCCUCGACAGAACCGCCAUCAACACCGUCUACUCCCACGUCCUCAACCCAAUGGUCGCUUCGCGCUCCUACAUGUGUAUCGAGCCUAUUGAGCUCUGGCUGGACACGAAGGCCUUGCGACGAGGUCUCAUUUACCCUGUCGAUCCUGAGCAAGACCCCAAGGCGCUCUUGCUCCAGGAUUCGGGCAUGGUUCCCGUCUCGACACAGAUCGCUAUUGUCAACCCCGAAAGCCGACUACUCUGCCACGAUGGUGAGUAUGGUGAGAUCUGGGUCGACUCCGAAGCAUGCGUCAAAGGCUUCUACGGCUCCAAGGAUGUGUUCGACGCUGAACGAUUCGACGGCCGUACGGUCGAUGGCGACCCUAGCAUUCAGUAUGUCCGCACCGGAGAUUUGGGCUUCUUGCAUAAUGUGAGCAGACCGAUUGGUCCUGGAGGCGCGCAGGUCGACAUGCAGGUGUUGUUCGUCCUCGGUAACAUUGGUGAAACGUUUGAGAUCAAUGGUCUCAGCCAUUUCCCCAUGGAUAUCGAGGCUUCUGUGGAACGGUGCCACCGAAACAUCGUCACUGGUGGAUGGUUAGUCAACGCCCUUGCCCUUACCCUUGUCGAGUAA